UUCACCGAAGUCCCCAAAGAUGUGACAGUGAGGGAAGGCGACGACAUCGAAAUGCCCUGUGCGUUCCGGGCGAGCGGAGCCACCUCGUAUUCGCUGGAGAUUCAGUGGUGGUACCUCAAAGAGCCGCCCCGGGAGCUGCUGCAGGAGCUGGCGCUCAGCGUGCCCGGCGCCCGGAGCAAGGUAACAAAUAAGGAUGCAACUAAAAUCAGCACUGUGCGAGUCCAGGGUAAUGACAUCUCGCACCGGCUGCGGCUGUCGGCCGUGCGACGGCAGGACCAGGGCGUGUACGAGUGCCGCGUGUCGGACUACAGCGACGACGACACGCAGGAACACAAGGCCCAGGCGCUGCUGCGGGUGCUCUCGCGCUUCGCGCCGCCCAACAUGCAGGCGGCAGAGGCCGUGUCCCACAUCCAGAGCAGCGGCCCGCGCCGCCACGGCCCCGCGGGC